AUGGCGACCCAAUCAACAACAUCUGCGGCACACCUCGCCUCCCUCCACGUCCCAGGCAAGCCUCUCGUCUUGCCUAAUAUCUGGGACACUUCCUCUCUCGAGGCAAUCACGUCCAUCAAUGACUCCUCCUCCUCCUCUUCAGCUUCCUCUCCGGGUUCUUCAUCGAGUGGCCCCCUCAAGGCCGUAGCAACUGCAUCCUAUGCAAUCGCCACCUCCCUGGGGAUCCAGGACGCAGAGCUCACCUUUGACCAGAACCUGGCCCGGAUCAAGCAGCUCGCGCCCCUCGUGCACGCCGCGGGCCUCCCGCUCUCCGCAGACCUGCAGGACGGCUACGGCGCCCGCAUCGGCGAGACCGUCGCGGCUGCCGUGAAGGCCGGCGCCGUGGGUGCGAACAUCGAGGACGUGGUCGGACAACAACACAAGGAGGGCGAGUUUUACGGGGUCGAGGAGCAAGCGGCUCGAAUCCGCACUGCUAUCGAGGCUGCAGAAGAGGCCGGGUGUCCCGGGUUCGUCGUCAAUGCGCGGUGCGAUGCGUUCUUCAUGCAGGCCACCACGGGAAAGAGCGACGAGGAGGUGAUGCAGGACGCGCUGGCCCGGGGAAAGGCAUACCUUGGUGCUGGCGCCACGACGGUGUUCUACUGGGGCGGGUCGGGGAGAGGUUUGAGGACACAGGAAGUCGAGAUGCUGACGAGGGAACUUGGCGGCCGGGUGGCGGUCAAGCUGGGUGCCAAGGGCGGGCUGAGUGUGCGGGAGCUCGCGGAAAUUGGGGUCGCCAGGAUCAGUGUUGGGCCGAGCCUGAGCUUCUUGAAGCCCGAGGAGGUAAAGGGGGUUGCGAUGAGGAUUCUGGGUGGUGGUGCAUUGGUCGAGUAG